GGGAAAUUACCCCAGUCAGCUGUUGAUACGACCAGUGAAGACAAUUAACUCAGAACAGGAGGAAAUUUCCGAACAUUCACUCCCAUGAACUAAAUUUACUGCAAUAAGCUUUUAAUUUGUUCGCGUUUCCUUGCAGUUACAUAUUUGUACUCUCUGCUCCCUCCCCUGCAGUCAUUUUAAUAAUUAUUAUAUUGCGACCGAUGUGUAGCAUAAAAAAUAACGCGAAUAAACGAGUCUGCUAGAACGAGACAUUGAUUAUGUAAGUUUGUUUACCCGGGUAUUGUCCCCUCGAUAAUGUGUUAAUUUAUUGUAUAAUUAAUGAUCGUGGGGGAAUACCUCAGUUGAUUUCGUGAAUCUUCUGCAACACAGAAUCAUGAUUUCUGUUGGUGGAGGCUUGAGACACUUAAUUGGACUUGAAUCGCUGAAAAGCCUGAGUAAGAGAGUUCAUACUAUUUCCAGUGUCAUGUCGAAAUUUGACUUACCGACUCGUUAUAAAGAUGAGAAAUCUGUCUGGGUGGAAUAUAUCGCACUGGCGGCGCAGUACAGCCCUCUUAACCUGGGCCAGGGAUUUCCCGAUUUUCAUGCACCAGCGCACGUGACAACGGCCCUGGCAAAGACCACAACCAGUGAUAAUCCUCUUUUGAACCAAUACACUCGUGGAUUUGGUCAUCCGAGAUUAGUCAGUGCCUUAUCAACAUUAUACUCAAAAAUGUUGAAUCGCAAGAUCGAUGCCAACAAUGAAAUCUUGGUGACAUCAGGUGCUUACGAGGCUCUCUUCGUCGCUCUCCAGGGCCACACGAAUCCUGGGGACGAGUGGAUAAUCAUUGAACCGUUCUUCGAUUGCUAUGUACCGAUGGUGGAGUCCGUUGGAGGAAUCCCAAAAUUUAUACCAUUAAAGCCAAAAAAAUCCACAGGGAUUACAAGCUCCGCUGAUUGGGUCUUCGAUAGAAAAGAAAUGGAGAGUCUCUUCAACGAAAAAACCAAAGGAAUAAUCCUGAACACUCCUCACAAUCCGGUGGGCAAAGUCUUCACACUAGACGAGCUUAAAUUCAUUGCUGAUCUAGCGAAGAAAUGGAACACUUUAGUGGUGUCGGAUGAAGUUUAUGAGUGGAUGGUAUAUGAGCCAGCUCAGCAUAUCAGAAUUGCGACACUUCCUGAUAUGUACGAGCGUACCAUUACCAUUGGCUCCGCCGGGAAGACUUUCAGUGUCACUGGCUGGAAGAUUGGAUGGGCUUAUGGACCCACUAACUUGAUGAAUAACCUGAAAAUUGUUCAUCAGAACUGUGUCUACACCUGUCCAACACCCCUUCAGGAAGCUGUAGCGAUGGGGUUCGAGGAAGAAUUGAAACGAUAUGGACAGCCAGAUUGCUACUUUGAGAGUCUCGCGAGGGAACUGUUACCCAAGCGUGAUUACAUGGCUAAGUUUCUCUCGGAUGUUGGCAUGUCACCGACAGUACCCGAAGGUGGUUACUUCAUGAUUGCUAAUUGGAAGUCAUUAGAGGAUUAUGUUGGUCUCGAUCAGGAGCAGGAUAAAUACAAGGAUUACAGGUUUACAAAAUGGAUGACGAAGAACGUUGGCGUUCAGGGAAUUCCACCGUCGGCUUUUUACAGUGAGCAACACAAGCAUCUGGCCGAAGAAAACGUACGAUACUGCUUCAUCAAGAAGGACGAGAACCUCCAGAGGGCUGCCGAGAUAUUGAAGAAGUGGAAGACAAAACAAGUAUAAUUCAUUCCAAGUGAUAAUCAUCAAUUUAUUAUUCUUUGUUAUCAUGUAUUUUUGCACAUUGUUAUUAAAACGGUUAUUAAUGAGAGAAA